AUGAUUCCAGUUAGUUUUUUAAUAUUGAAACCACAAGCAAUGGGCUUCUUACAAUUACUUAGUUUAUCAGUCAAUGUGCUCUGUUUGAUUCAAAAAGUGCCGCAAAUAUAUCGGAUUUAUAAGACCAAGGAUGUCGAAAGUAUUUCAAUCGCAUCGGUUUUGCUUGAAGAAACAGCUUAUACAUUGGUGCUGACAUACAAUCUCUGGCGAAAUUAUCCACUGUCAACGUUUUUCGAAUACGUCUUUCUUUUCGUUCAGGAUUUACUUCUUUUAUUGGCAAUAUGGAAAUAUUCGAAAAAGGAUAACAAAGAUAAAGGCAAAUUGAGUGAUCCAUCGACACCGUUGUAUGGAAUACUAACAUUUUGCUUGUAUCUACUGAUUAGCGUCGUAGGACUCGUACCCAGCGCAUGGAUGCGUAUCUGCACCAUGCUUGUAAUCCCAAUUGGUGCUUCAUCGAAGAUCGCUCAACUACGAAUUAUCCUCACAAACAAAAGUGCCGGGCAAGUCAGUCGACCAGGAUGGAUGAUUGCUUGUUACAACAAUUUCGCUCGUAUCAUAACCAAUCUUAUUGAAACUCGAGAUAUGAGUAUGGUUUUGAAUUUAUUCAUUAGUUUAAUACUUAAUCUAUCGAUUGUUAUUGCCUGUACGAUUUAUAAGUACGGACCAGUACGAAAAUCCAAGGAUAAGAAGAAGAAAAAGACAACUUAA